GAGAUCAAGUGGGCUGCAUGGCCCUGCACAAGAGAGGGACCUACGUGGUGGCCGUGGGCACGUGCCUCGGCCUCCUGGACUGGGCGACAGGACAGGUGCAGUGGCUGUCUCAAGUGGAUAAGGACAAACCCAACAACAGGUUCAAUGAUGGCAAGGUGGACCCCGUCGGGAGGUUCGUGGCAGGCACCAUGCCAGAGCCCACAGAGCCAGGAGUGUGGGAGCCUGGCCAGGGCGCCCUGUACACGCUCUACGCAGAUGGCUCGGUAGUGCAGCAACUGGAUGGACUGGGCAUCUCCAAUGGGCUGGACUGGUCUCUGGACCACCGCACCUUCUACCACGUGGACAGCCUGGACUAUGCUGUGAGGGCCUACGACUAUGACACGCAGACCGGAGCCAUCGUAAAUCCACGAUUGCUGCUCCAGCUUCAGAAGAUGGAUGGCAUGCCCGACGGGAUGUGUGUGGACACCCAGGGAAGACUCUGGGUGGCCUGCAUUGAUGGGGGCCGAGUCAUCCACCUGGACCCUGAAACAGGGACUGUGCUUAAAACGGUGGACAUGCCCGUGUCCAGGAUCACCUCCUGCUGCUUUGGGGGACCUCGCUACUCGGACCUGUAUGUGACCUCAGCAUCUGAUGGCCUGAGUGCUGACCAGCUGUCCCAGGAACCCCAGGCUGGAUGCAUCUUCAAGGUGACUGGCCUAGGAGCAAAGGGGAUCCCAUCACAGCCAUUUGCUUGCUGA